UUAAAUAUUUAAUUAUUAUCGCUGAUCCAAAAACCGACAUACUUCCGGAACGUCACUAAUGACACGUAUUCAAAAUGGCGGCCGCGGAUAUGGAGACGUGGUGGGCCCUGCUGCUGCUGUCCCUGUUGCCUGUAGUGCGGCCUUUCUACGUUCCUGGUGUGGCUCCGCGGGACUUUCAUGAAGGGGACACAGUAGAUAUUAAGGCAGUGAAGCUGACCAGCUCCCGUACACAGCUCCCUUAUGAGUACUACUCUCUCCCUUUCUGUAAGCCUCCAACUGUCUUCUAUAAAGGAGAGAACCUGGGUGAGGUGUUACGGGGCGACCGCAUCGUAAACACGCUCUACAGCGUGGAGAUGAACAAGGACAGGAAAUGUGAGCUGGUGUGUGAUAAGAAGAAGCUGAGUGUAGAGGAGAGCAGGCUGGUGGCUGAGAGGAUCCAGGAGGAGUAUUAUGUCCAUCUCAUCGCAGACAACCUUCCGGUAGCCACCAGGUUGGAGUUUUAUCCAAACAGAGAGGCAGGAGGAGAGGAGGAGCAGAAGAAGGACGUAGUCAAAGAUGUCCAGUUUGAGCACGGGUACAGACUGGGCUUCUUCGACAACAACAAGUUUUACCUGCACAACCACCUGUCCUUCAUCCUGUACUUCCACAGAGAAAAGCUAGAGGAGGGCGACGUUCACAACUACCGGGUGGUUCGAUUUGAGGUCGUUCCUCAGAGCGUAAAAGUAGACGAUCUGAAGGCUGUGGAGAAAGAGAAGACGUGCACGCUGCCUGAGGCCAGCGGCUCGGCCCCCCAGGAGAUUGACCCCACCAAAGAGAACGAGGUCCUCUUCACCUACUCGGUGCACUGGGAGGAGAGUGAAGUGAAGUGGGCGUCUCGGUGGGACACCUACCUGACCAUGAGUGACGUCCAGAUCCACUGGUUCUCCAUCGUCAACUCUGUGGUCGUGGUCUUUUUCCUGUCCGGAAUUCUGAGUAUGAUCAUCAUCCGGACUCUGAGAAAGGACAUCGCCAACUACAACAGAGAGGAUGACAUUGAGGACACCAUGGAGGAGUCAGGGUGGAAGAACGUCCAUGGUGACGUCUUCAGGCCACCUCAGUAUCCCAUGAUCCUCAGCUCUCUGCUGGGCUCUGGGAUCCAGCUCUUCUGCAUGGUCCUCAUCGUCAUCUUCGUAGCCAUGCUGGGAAUGUUGUCUCCAUCAAGCAGAGGAGCUCUGAUGACCACGGCCUGCUUUCUUUUCAUGUUCAUGGGCGUCUUCGGUGGGUAUUUUGCUGGCAGAUUGUACCGCACACUGAAAGGCCACCGGUGGAAGAAAGGAGCCUUCUGUACGGCCACUCUUUAUCCUGCUGUGGUUUUCGGGAUCUGCUUCAUCCUCAACUGUUUCAUCUGGGGAGAGCACUCGUCUGGAGCUGUCCCAUUCACCACCAUGCUGGCCCUGCUCUGUAUGUGGUUCGGGAUCUCAAUGCCCCUGGUCUACCUGGGUUAUUACUUUGGUUUCCGUAAGCAGCCAUAUGAUAACCCAGUCCGCACCAAUCAGAUCCCCCGACAGGUCCCGGAGCAGCGCUGGUACAUGAACAAGUUUGUAGGGAUCCUGAUGGCAGGGAUCCUCCCGUUUGGAGCCAUGUUCAUUGAGCUCUUCUUCAUCUUCAGCGCCAUCUGGGAGAAUCAGUUCUACUACCUGUUUGGCUUCCUGUUCCUGGUGUUCAUCAUCCUGGUGGUGUCGUGUUCUCAGAUCAGCAUCGUCAUGGUUUAUUUCCAGCUCUGUGCAGAGGAUUAUCGGUGGUGGUGGAGGACGUUCCUGGUCUCUGGAGGCUCGGCCUUCUACGUCCUCAUUUAUGCAGUUUUCUACUUCAUCAACAAGCUGGACAUCGUGGAGUUCAUCCCCUCCCUCCUGUACUUCGGCUACACCGCCCUCAUGGUCCUGUCCUUCUGGCUGCUGACGGGGACGAUCGGCUUCUACGCCGCCUACAUGUUCAUCAGGAAGAUCUACGCCGCCGUUAAGAUCGACUGAUGGUGCCACGGCCGCCGUUGUCCUCUUCUUCUUUGGUUUUUGUCACUUUGAGUUUUUUAAUGUACAUAUUUUUUAUUCUCCGUGUCUACGAGCACUGACUGUGGAGGGAACGGGCGCGCCUGCUCUUUACGCGCUACAGCCCCCCUACUGGCCUCGUGGGGGAGAACGGCAGGAUGGCAGGGGUACGGCAGCUGUUUGUGUCCCCCAUCCUCCCCCAUCACUUCU